UAGUCAGAUGCUAGUAGGCGGCACAUUAAAUUCAAAAUAUGUACAACAAAAAUCCGACAAAAUUUGUAUUUCCAACGAAUCUGAACAGCUUGCCGCCUAUCUGAGCAGCGAUAGAGAAUACGAUAAAUAAAAUUCCGAAUAAAAAUAUAUAACAAAUUUUAAAAUGCCUGAAAAGCCAAGCACAUCCAAUCCAAAGCCGACACCGGCAGGUAAAGCGACCAAAAGCACCAAGGAUACUAAAGAUACCAAGGAUGCAAAACCCGGUCCAAAGCAACCGGUCAUACGCACACCGAUGCCCAACACUCAUGAUCGGAUAUGGAAGAUCAUGAAAAUGUAGCACUAAAUACAUUCAAGUUGACGGCAAACUUUUAUUUGAAACUCUAACAAAACCAGACUCGUUUCUUUUUAUAUGAUAAAGCUUGUUGCUUAAGAUACUAUUAAAUACGAAUUGCCGUUAAAACUUGUGUCCUUUACUCUACUGAAUAAAGCGCAAAAGUACCUGACCAAAAA